AAAGAGAGACACGUCGUAACCGUAACGCAGAAGAGACUCAGCAGGCCGGCCAGACUGCCUAGGGGCCGAAACGCACACACCGCCGAACGCCAGGUUUUCCCCCUCCCUCUCUGCUGAUCUGCUGAGCAAACAGGUAUGGAUGGUAUGAUCCGGAGAGGUGACUCAGUGCGCCAGGGUCCCGUCCGUUCCCGCCGGCUUUUGCCCCCAGAGGUUGUUCGGGACCUGCAGAGGAGCUCUUCUCUUCUCACUUGGGUCUCUCUUGAAGGCUCUUCGCUGGGGAUCCCUCAUGAAUGACUGGCCUGACUAUUCGUUGAUCCAUUCGGAACCACCGGACGUUCCUCCGUCAGUCCCGACAACGUCACGAGAGAUUAGAAAGCACACCUGGUUUGCGGCUCCGUCAGAUCUUUUUGUGUUGCUGACUGGCUUUGUUUUCGUCCUGUCGCCUCCCUGUAAAUGGGUGCUCAAAGAAAAAGGGACAAAAGGAGGGUACCAUGUAUAAAGCACUUCAUCUGCCCUUCGCCUGUCCGUUUACCUUUCUGUCUCUCUAGAAUGCACACUGUGAUACCCAUCUAAUUUGCUUUCCCUCUCUUCCUCUCUUCCUCCCUCUCUCUCUCCUGCCCAGUCUCUAUCCUCCUCUCCUGUAGUCGUCCGUCUUGUAUUACCUACGGAUACUUACUCCCCUUUGAAUUAAUUCUCCACGUCAUCCCAUCAUACCAGUCAUAGCCAUGUCAGCUGCUGCUGCGAUUGCGCAACCGCCAGCGACGGUAGAAGCGCCCGGUGCCGGUGAUAACAGCCCGCGGAUCAGCGAGACAUCGGAUGACGUAUCGACAUUGAAGCCCGCCGCGCAAACAUCGUGGAAGAAGAAGAAGUAUGGGCUGGGUGUUGGCAAGAACGGCGGCGGCGAUGAUGCCAACAAUAUCAACAAAAACAAUAAGCCCGAGGUCAACCGUACAGCAAUGCCCAAGCGCUCGACGACAUUCUGGAAAUCGUUCAAGUACCUCCUCGACCUGACGCCAAAGGAAGUGGACGACUUCAUGGCGUCUUACGUCAUUUACAACCUCGACUGGGCGGACGAGGCCAAGAUGAUCGAGACGCUCGGCCCGGACUACGAGGCAAAGGUCGGCGACUGCCUGCAGUCGUACUACGGUGUGCUGAACCACCUCUGCGCGCUGGGCGACGUGGAGAAGAUGUACAUCCCGCCCCUCAUGGAUAAGAAGGCCUCCGUCCUCGACAACCAGAUGCUGUACGAGGAGUCCGUCGCCCGGGACAUUGGCCUGAAGCCCGGCGACAGGGUGCUCGACCUCGGGUGCGGGCGCGGGCGGGUCGCGGCGCACAUGGCCGCCGUCAGCGGCGCGUCCGUCACCGGCCUCAACAUCGACCCGAACCAGGUCGCGCAGGCCGACGAAUUCAACGAGCGAAUGGGCUUGCGCAACAGCUUCACCGUCCAGGACAUGAACGAGCUGCCGCUGCCGUUCGCCGACGACUCCUUCGACGCCUUCUACCAGAUCCAGGCGCUCAGCCUGUGCAAGGACCUGCCGAGGCUGUUCGCCGAGCUGCGGCGGGUGCUCAAGCCCGGCGCCAAGAUCUCCCUGCUGGACUGGGUGAGCCUGCCGGCCUACGACGCCGCCGACCCGGAGCACGCGGAGCUGAUGCGGAGGACGAAGCCGUUGAUCGGCGCCGUGGGGACGCCCACGCCCGAGACGUUCGAGAAGGCGCUGACGGGAGCCGGAUUCGCCGUCUUGAAAUCGGACAACGCGAGCGUCGGCGGACUGCAGGCGCCCCUGAUCGACAAGGCGGACGUGUACUUCCGGAGCCUGCGGCAGGUCAUCCUCGGGCUCGUCAAGGUCCGGCUGCUGCCGCCCCAUUUCAAGACGCUCAUCAACCGUCUAUGUCUGGACGGGCAGGCGUUCGUCAAGAUGGACACCAUGAGGCUGGUGACGACGAGUUACCGAAUUGUCGCGCAGAAGAUUUAGAAGAAGGGGGGCUCACGGAGUGUGCCCAGCGUCGGCCUUGUUAAAGAAGAGACUUUUUUGCUAGAACACCGGCUUCUUUUUGGCUGUGCAGCUGAAAUGGUAUAUUACCAAUCCGGCGAUGCGCGUCACUUACUAU